AUACAAGAAACUAAUCCUCUUUUUCUCUCUAAUCCAUGAUAAUUCAAUCAUAUUUAUCCAUCAUACUAAAAAAAUAUUUAUUUAAUUUAAAAAAUUAAUAAAUAAUUUAUUAUUUUUACUAUUAAAUAGUAUUCAUUACUCAAUUAUUAUUAUUAUUCAAGUCAUUUGUGGGACGGAGAGAUUAAUUGAUUAAUUAAUUAAGAAUUAAAAACUGACCAAAACCACCCAGUUUUAUCUUUUCUCUGUUUUUUUGUACUCUCUUUCCAUUUCUAUAGUAGAAGUUGUAGUGGAAUUUUGUCUGCCCUUUUUUUCUUCUUUGUUUUCCUCGUUAGAAUAGUUGUUGAUUUUUUCAAGACUCUUACCUUUUCUUCCUUCUCUCCUAAGCUUUUCUCACUUAUUUUUGCUAUUCAGAUCUCAUCUUCUGCACUGUAAAUUUCUUGUUUAGAAGCAAAAUUGAGGGAGUAGCAAAGUUGUGUUGAAAUGGCUGGCCGUUAUGAUCAUAACCCUUUUGAUGAAGAACAAGAAGAAGAAGUUAACCCUUUUGCUGGUGGUGGAGGUGGAGGGAAAUCUUCAGGGCAACCAAAAUUUAGUGGAGGUGCAUUUUAUACCACAUCUGGGAGUGUGCCUCCAGCAACAAACUCUAGACUUUCACCCCUUCCACCAGAACCAGCUGAUUUCUAUGACCGCAAUGCGUCAAUCGAUAUUCCCCUUGAUAGUGCUUCGGACCUGAAAAAGAAAGAAAAAGAGUUACAAGCUAAGGAGAAUGAAUUAAGGCGGAGGGAACAGGACCUAAAAAUGAGAGAAGAUGCUGCAGCAAGAGCUGGCAUUGUUGUAGAGGAGAAAAAUUGGCCUCCGUUCUUCCCAAUUAUCCAUCAUGAUAUUGGAAAUGAAAUACCAAUCCAUCUUCAAAAGCUACAAUAUGUUGCGUUUACAACGUUCUUGGGACUCUUUGCAUGCCUUUUAUGGAACAUUGUAGCUUGCACUACAGCAUGGAUUAAAGAAGGAGAUGUAAAGAUCUGGUUCCUUUCUCUUAUUUACUUCAUAUCGGGUGUUCCCGGAGCCUACUUCAUGUGGUAUCGUCCUCUGUAUCGUGCUUUUAGAACUGAGGGUGCCAUGAAGUUUGCAUGGUUUUUCUUGUUUUACUUGGUUCACAUUGGAUUCUGCAUCUUUGCUGCUGUUGCUCCUCCAAUAGUCUUCAGAGGGAAAUCCCUUACAGGCAUCCUGCCUGCGAUAGAUCUCAUCGGCAAAAAUGUACUUGUUGGGAUUUUCUACUUCAUUGGUUUCGGGCUAUUUUGUCUCGAGUCAUUGCUGAGCAUUUGGGUUAUCCAGCAAGUAUACAUGUAUUUCCGAGGAAGUGGUAAAGCUGCACAGAUGAAGCAAGAAGCCGCUAGAGGGGCGAUGAGAGCAGCAAUAUAACGAUGAAUGAUUUUGGAGAAAGAUGCCGUUAGCGUCCCCUUUUGCCUAUGAGGAUGGGUUGUUAGCAGAUACAGGCUUAUUUCAGUUGGCUGAUAUUCUUGUUUUCAUAUCUUUUGCUUACUUCUGUUAGGCGGAUACGUUUGUUUCAUAUGUUUUUAGUGCUCAUUCUUCUGAUGUACUAUGUUUUACUUACGAUGACUUUGAACAAAGCGCUGUUAGAGAAAUGAAUGAUAGAAUCCCUUUGUAUUAUUGGAGAUACAAUCUUUGCAUGC